AUGGCGAAUCCUAAUAUCCAACAUGUAAUGCGGACAGAUAUGAUUCGCGUUGCAUUCCAGAAUCCUUACUUGAUGAACACGAUUCUCGGAGUCGGCUCGCUUCAUUUAAAUCGGUUAUCGCCCAACAAGGAGCGAGCAUUUGCGGAGUCUUAUUUCUGGCAGAAUGCUAUUCAGCUAUACCAGCAAGCGCUUUCCAUGAAUCUCAGAAAAGAUAAUGUUGAUGCCCUUCUAUCUACUUGCAUGUUGAUGGGCGUCAUGACUAUAUGCCCGGAGGGAUUCAAACCCACCGAUUCCUGGGUUCUCACAAACAAACCGGAAGCCAUGAACUGGCUAUGUCUACAAAGUGGCCUUCGAUGUAUUUUGAAAAUGGCAGCGCCAUAUAUAGCCGAAAGCAUCUGGGCAACUGCAUUCUCAGAAGUCGACAAAGAAGAACGCCACAUUUUCAGUGAGAUCCAACAUGGACGCGGAGGCCUUGAUUCGGAUCUGGCCGAUCUCUGUGACAUUGACGAGUUUACUUCUGAGGCAAACAGUAUCUACUAUGCUCCUCUUCGCAUCCUUUCCCCGCUCUUGGAACUUGCUCGGAGUGGACGGACUACUGGGUCGAACGCUGCUCACUGUGCCUCAUUCAUGGGCCGAUUGGAGUUUGACUUCCUUGCGCUUUUAAGGAGCAGAGAUCCACCGGCUCUUAUCCUACUGGCGCACUGGAUGGGGAUCAUGUGCUUGUUAUCAGAAGAUCAGCCUUGGGUGGAGGGAAGAAUUAGGGCUGAGUGCAUCGCAAUUUGCAUGUUUUUGGAGCCUAGUACCGACCCACAGAUAAGGCGGCUGCUAUAUUUUCCUGCGACAUCAUGUGGAUAUGAGAAAAAGUCUUAUACUCAUAGAACUAUCGAAUAUUCAUGA